UGUGUCGUCGUCUAUAUAGCCUCCCUCGCCUCGCCUCGCCAUCCUCCCCUCUCCCAUCCUUUCUUGUAGCCUCCUUCCCUCCACGCCGGAGUUCUUGCGACCUCUGAAUCUCCUUCAUCUGGGCGUUCUUGCGAUUGCGAAACUGUUCGACCGAGCCGAGAUGGGGGACAAGUGGAAGGCCACCGACGACGACAUCCCCGGGGCAGGGCAGCCACCCCCGCAUGUAGCGCGGACGGAGACUGCAGCCGCCACCGGUACUUCGGAGCAGACUGCAGCCCGCCCCAGCACUUCGCAGGCGCCUGCAGGGCUGACGGCGGCGACUACACCAGGCUUCCUUUUCGGUGGAGCCCAAGACGAGAGUGAGGCAACUACAGUCGUCGAUGGCAUUGCCGAGACUUCGGAGCAGCCUGGGGGGUCGACGGCGACUGCAGCCGGCGGUUUGGCGACGCCGAGCAAUCAAGCCGGUGGGAGUGCGCCAAGCAGCCAGAACCAGAUCGCCAGCCCCAGCAACGGCGGUGACUCUCCAGUGUGUUCAGUUUGCAAGAAGCGGCCUGUUUUCAGGCUGUCGACGGAUAUUUGGGCCUCGGAGUGCCUGCCUUCUACAGCCUGCGCAGAAGGCGGGCACUCUGUGGCAUAG